AUGCAGCGUGCGCUCAUUCGGCGCGCAAUGGAGCGCUCGCAAGCGACAAUGGAUCACGUGGCGCAGCUGAAGGCGGAAAACGCGGGCGAAAGCUCCCUCACGGACGCGGCAGUGACUGACUGCAUUCACCAGAUAUCCAUGGCGCUCGACAACCUUGAGGAUUCUCUGAUUGCCGUCACCGCCGCAAUCAACGGUUCAGAUUCCACUCCGGAAAACCGGCGCCCUAUGUUCCCGGCCGAAAUGACGGUUUCCGUUAACGACGUGCCGUACCUGCUGACGUCAGCUCGAGCCAACAUCGACGGCUGCGUGGAGGGGCUGCAGGAAUUUGCGCCUGAUGCGCUGGACACGGAGCCGGGAGUGCGACUCCAGGGGGAGGUCACGCUCAUUACAGUCACAGUCACCGCAGCCCACGCGUUCGUCCCUUCCGCAAGCGACGGGCUUUGGGGGGACGACGAGCUUUCCGCCUCCGCAGGCGGGAAUUUUUCCGCCGAUGAUUUCGCCGAUGCUUACGAGUACGAUUACGCCUCACCCCCACGCCGCCGGAUGACGACGGAAACGGACCAAUCAGGCGGAAGCGACGCGCCUGGGUGGGUAGCCCCGGGAAUUUUUGAGCACCUGAAGAGGAUUCAGGCGGCGCAAAUGGGGGGGGGUACCUCUGGAGGCGCGCGGAGACUUCUCGGCGUGGAUGUUGCGGGUGUGGAUUACGCUUAUGGCGGGGAUGCGGGUGAUUCUCACGAAGCUGGUAACCCUGUUCGGAGGGCGCUUCAGACUUCGGGUUCAGGUUCGGUUUCCAAGAGCGUCGGCAAGAAGAGCCAGGGCGGGCAUCACGGCGGGACAGGCGGGCAACACGGCGGGACGGGCGGCCAUCACGUAGGGACGGGCGGGAAGAACGGCGGGAAGAACGGCGGGAAGAACGGCGGGAAACCGGGCGUGAAACCGGGCGUGAAGCCGGGCGUGAAUAUGGGAGGCCUUUUGGAUACUGGGGACUUCAAGGCCGACUACAGCAGCUUGCUGCCGUCCCAGGUGGAUGCGAUCGUCGCGAAGGACGGCUCCGGCACCCACAAGACGCUCAAGGCUGCAAUUGCCGCCGCACCAAUGAAAGGCACGUUCGUUAUUUUCAUCAAGGCGGGAGUGUACGACGAGCAGGUUAUCUUCGACAACAAGGGGAUUGUCCUUGUCGGCGAAGGAAUCGGCAACACUAUCAUCACUGGCAAGAAGAGUGUGAAUGGCGGAUCAACCACCUACAACUCUGCUACCAUUGGCGCCAACAAGGGCAUGCUGACAGCACUCGGAAUAACCGUCCGCAACACAGCCGGGCCGGCGGGCGAGCAGGCAGUGGCGCUGCGUUCUAAGGACCUCUCAGCCUUCUUUGAGUGCGAGUUCGACGGCGCGCAAGACACGCUCUACCCGCACAGCGGCCGGCAGUACUUCCGCGACUGCAAAGUCGGCGGCACUGUUGACUUCAUUUUCGGCAAAUCCGCGGCUGUUUUCGACCGCCCGCAAAUCAGGCUUCAUCCGGACGAUCCGGUGAUUAUCACCGCACCGCAGAACGACCCCAAGUAUCCGGAUCCCAAAGGGAUUAUUAUCCGAAACGCGGUGAUCUCUUCAGACGCGGGCGUGGGAAAGGCGUAUCUGGGAAGGCCGUGGACCAACACGGGGACUUCCAUUUUCAUCAACUGCUUCCUUCCCAAGGAGAUCCAGCCCGACGGGUGGCUCACGUGGGACGCCGACACAGUGACGCAGGCCAAGAUUAACGGCGUGUUCUUCGCUGAGUUUCAGAGCACCGGGCCCGGAGCGCGCAUGCCACGUGCCAGCUGGGUGUCGCCGCAGCGGAUCAGCAACCCCGCGAAAUACACGGCAGAGGCUUUCCUCGGAUGGACGAGCUCUGGCUGGGCUGGGGUAGGGCAAGAACCUGACGUUGACAGCAGCGGGAAGUGA